CAUUAGAGCAGCCGCCGCCGCCGGUGCGCGACCGGAGCCACGGAACCUCGCGGGGGGGAGGGAAGGAGGGGGUUGAACGAGCCCGCAGCCCUGACGGCGGCCUUGGGAGUGUGUGUGAGGGGGGCGUAGCGACCCUCACCCGGCUGGGAGGGAGGCAGCGGGGCGGCUGCGCCUUUUUUUUUUUUUUUUUUUUUUUUUUUUUUGUGUGUGUGUCCCCCUCCCCUCCCCUCUCCUUCCCCGCCUCUCGGAGCCGUUAUCGCCGGCCGCGGGGGCGGCUCGGAGCUCGGCGAGGCGAAAGGCGAGGCGGCGAGGCCAACCGGCCGCGCUCUGCCCCGCGCCCCUCAGGCCGCAGCGGCUCUCCUCAGCCAGGCUUCGGGGGUGCCCGAAGCCCCGCUCGGCUCCCUCAGAGGGCGUGUGGGGUGGGAGGGGGGGCGGGGGCUUUUUUUUUUUUUUCCAUCGGGUUUUUCCCCCCCCUCUCCUUUUUUAAUUUUUUUUUUUUUUAACGUCCCCUCCUGCCUCCUUCGGGAAGAGAGAGGCGGUGAGGUGGGCUCGGGGGCUCUCCUGUGGUGCGGGAGGGGGUCUAUGGUGAUAGCACGGGGGCGGUGGGGGACAGAGCCAGGCGCUGAGGGGGCUGAGGAGGGGGCUCGCCGCUGCGCCCGCCGCUGACGAGGAGGAGGAGGAAGAAGAAGAAGAAGAACCAGAAGCCAGGCACCAUUUGCUGCUCCUUGCCCCAGCCAUGGAGAACGCGCACACAAAGACUGUGGAGGAAGUUUUGGCUUAUUUCGGGGUCAACGAAAGCACCGGGCUCAGCCUGGAGCAAGUCAAGAAGCUGAAGGAGAAAUGGGGCUCCAACGAAUUACCAGCUGAGGAAGGAAAAACCUUACUCGAGCUUGUGAUUGAACAAUUUGAAGACUUACUAGUUAGAAUUUUGUUGCUGGCAGCUUGCAUAUCUUUCGUCCUGGCCUGGUUUGAAGAAGGUGAAGAAACAAUCACAGCAUUUGUAGAGCCUUUUGUAAUCUUACUUAUAUUAGUAGCCAACGCGAUUGUGGGAGUGUGGCAGGAAAGAAAUGCUGAAAAUGCUAUUGAAGCUCUUAAAGAAUAUGAACCAGAAAUGGGUAAAGUAUAUCGACAAGACCGAAAGAGUGUUCAAAGGAUUAAAGCAAGGGACAUCGUCCCGGGUGAUAUUGUAGAAGUGGCAGUUGGAGACAAGGUUCCUGCUGAUAUAAGGAUUACGUCUAUCAAAUCUACAACUCUAAGGGUAGACCAGUCAAUUCUCACAGGUGAAUCUGUCUCUGUUAUUAAGCACACUGACCCUGUACCUGAUCCUCGUGCUGUAAACCAAGACAAAAAGAACAUGCUAUUUUCUGGUACUAACAUUGCUGCUGGUAAAGCUAUGGGAGUGGUUAUUGCAACAGGAGUAAACACUGAAAUUGGCAAAAUUCGUGAUGAGAUGGUGGCUACUGAACAAGAGAGAACCCCUCUCCAACAGAAGCUGGAUGAGUUUGGAGAGCAGCUGUCUAAAGUCAUCUCACUUAUCUGCAUUGCUGUUUGGAUAAUAAACAUUGGUCACUUUAAUGAUCCGGUUCAUGGUGGCUCCUGGAUUCGAGGUGCUAUCUAUUACUUUAAAAUUGCCGUUGCUCUUGCUGUUGCUGCUAUUCCCGAGGGUCUGCCUGCUGUCAUUACCACCUGCUUGGCUCUUGGAACCCGCAGAAUGGCCAAGAAGAAUGCUAUUGUUAGAAGUCUUCCCUCCGUAGAAACCUUGGGGUGCACCUCAGUUAUUUGUUCUGACAAGACUGGUACCCUGACCACGAAUCAGAUGUCAGUCUGCAGGAUGUUUGUCCUGGACAGAGUAGAUGGAGAUAACUGUUCUCUGAAUGAAUUUACUGUAACUGGUUCAACAUAUGCUCCAAUGGGAGAAGUGCAUAAAGAUGACAAACUUAUUAAAUGUAGCCAGUACGAUGGCCUUGUGGAACUUGCAACGAUCUGUGCGCUCUGCAAUGAUUCCUCAUUGGACUACAAUGAAGCUAAAGGAGUAUAUGAAAAAGUGGGUGAAGCUACAGAAACGGCACUUACCUGUCUGGUUGAAAAGAUGAAUGUAUUUGACACAGACUUGAAAGGACUUUCUCGAAUUGAACGUGCAAAUGCUUGCAAUUCGGUGAUAAAACAACUCAUGAAGAAAGAAUUCACUCUGGAAUUCUCAAGAGACAGAAAGUCUAUGUCUGUCUAUUGUACACCGAACAAACCAAGCCGCACGUCCAUGAGUAAGAUGUUUGUUAAGGGUGCUCCUGAAGGUGUAAUUGACAGAUGUACGCAUGUCCGUGUUGGAAACGCUAAAGUAGCAUUGACCUCAGGAAUUAAGCAGAAAAUAAUGUCUGUUAUUAGAGAGUGGGGAACUGGUAGAGACACAUUGCGUUGCUUGGCUCUGGCAACCCAUGACAAUCCACCUAGAAAAGAAGAAAUGAAUCUUGAGGACUCCUCAAACUUCAUUAACUACGAGACCAAUUUGACCUUCGUUGGCUGCGUGGGUAUGCUGGAUCCCCCAAGAAUUGAAGUAGCUUCGUCUAUAAAGCUGUGUAAACAAGCUGGUAUUAGAGUUAUUAUGAUCACUGGUGAUAAUAAAGGCACAGCAGUAGCUAUUUGCCGACGCAUUGGUAUCUUUGUGGAAGAUGAAGAUGUGUCUACAAAAGCCUUUACUGGCCGUGAAUUUGAUGAGCUCUCACUUGCUGCCCAAAGAGAUGCUUGCCACCAUGCCCGUUGCUUUGCUCGUGUGGAGCCUUCCCACAAGUCUAAAAUUGUGGAGUUUCUUCAGUCUUUCGACGAGAUUACAGCUAUGACUGGUGAUGGUGUCAAUGAUGCCCCUGCGUUGAAGAAAGCAGAAAUUGGAAUUGCUAUGGGUUCUGGUACUGCAGUGGCUAAAACUGCUUCUGAAAUGGUUUUAGCAGAUGAUAAUUUCUCGACUAUCGUAGCUGCUGUGGAAGAAGGACGUGCAAUUUAUAACAACAUGAAGCAGUUCAUCCGUUACUUGAUCUCUUCCAACGUUGGAGAAGUUGUGUGUAUCUUCUUGACUGCUGCCCUGGGUUUUCCUGAAGCUCUAAUUCCUGUCCAACUGUUAUGGGUAAACCUUGUGACGGAUGGUCUCCCUGCUACUGCUCUGGGCUUUAAUCCUCCUGAUCUUGAUAUCAUGAAUAAGCCACCCCGCAACCCUAAAGAGCCACUGAUCAGUGGAUGGCUAUUCUUCCGUUACCUAGCUAUUGGAUGUUAUGUUGGUGCUGCCACAGUGGGUGCUGCUGCUUGGUGGUUUAUUGCUGCUGAUGGUGGUCCAAGAGUUACCUUUUAUCAGCUGAGCCAUUUUCUGCAGUGCAAAGAGGACAACCCUGACUUCUUUGGUGUCGACUGUGUGGUGUUUGAGUCUCCGUAUCCAAUGACGAUGGCUCUUUCUGUACUUGUCACCAUAGAGAUGUGCAAUGCUCUCAACAGUCUGUCAGAAAACCAGUCCUUAAUGAGGAUGCCCCCGUGGGAGAAUAUCUGGCUGGUGGGCGCUAUCUGCUUGUCCAUGUCACUCCACUUCCUUAUCCUUUACGUGGAACCGCUGCCAAUUAUCUUCCAGAUCACACCUCUGAAUGUGACGCAAUGGCUGAUGGUAUUGAAAAUCUCACUACCUGUCAUUCUGCUGGAUGAAACACUUAAAUACGUGGCCCGUAACUACCUGGAACCUGGUAAAGAUAGUGUGCGGCCUGCCACCAAACCGUGUUCUUUGUCAGCAUGCACCGAAGGAGUUUCCUGGCCAUUUGUGUUCAUUACUAUGCCCUUGGUUAUCUGGCUUUACAGCACAGACACUAACUUUAGUGAUAUGUUCUGGUCUUGACUGACAUGGUGACAGUUUUACAUUGAAAGAAAAAGUUUAACUUAAUCAAUUUUUUUAUUGUUUAGAGCAACUGUCUAUUUCUGCUGAAUUUUCACAUGAACAUAUUUGCCGGUGAUGGAGGUUUCAUACUCUAGAUUUUGGUUUUUUGCUUUUUCUGACUUCAGUGGGGGCAAUAUAUUCCUCUUUUAUACACAGUUAAAGUGUCCAUUGACAUGUACAGAGAACUAACACUAUUUUAUGCAAUUUUUUUGUAGAUGAAAAGCAUGUACAGUGUUCUGUUCAAUAGUCUAUUCAUCAUGUAAAAAAAAAGUAAAUUUUUUUGAGCCAGCGGACACUAUCAAACUAAAUUGGCAGCAGAUUUUAGGGAAUGAAUGUGUGUUGUCUGAAACUAAAAAAAAAAAAAAAAAGAAAAAAAAGCAUGUAACUGUUUGUCUUCUGCAUGAUCAUCCCAACUUAAUUUGUCAUACAGUCAGGUUUUAUUUUUUUCAUAAGCCAAACUUUCUGCACUGGGUAGAGAGUACUGCUACCUUGGUCAGGAUUUCUUCUGUAUCCCCUCUUCCUGCUCCCUUGCUCUUGGUUCUUGACUGUCCUUGUUUACACCAGUUUCUGUAUGAGGUAUGCCUAAUCUUGCUCGUGCAGAAAAUAUCAUUCCAGGUGCAGCCUGCUGGGGUUCUUCCAUAUUCUCAACACACAGUUUUUUUUUUUAAAGAUUAUUUAUUUAAGUGUCUAUUGUAUUUUUAUUGUAACAGACCUUAUUUUGCCAGUGUUGCCCAUGAUGCAGGGAUAGGGAGGUUUUCUUCUGUCUACUUAAAUCUAAACCAAGCCUUUUUAACCAACACAGUCUGUUUUAAUUCCAAAAGAGCGUUUAAGUUGAGUUUUAAUACCUUACUUACAUGUGUCAGAUCUUUUUUUUUUCUUCCCCCUUUAAGAUCAAAACUUGUAAUGAGACCUGGAAAAAUAACUUGCACUGCAUAGCUAGAAAUUGGAUUUCCUACACUUAGGGCACUAAUGCUAAGUUGUAUACAUGGAGUUACUCUGCUGGCCUGUUGUUAGCCUGACUUGAAGUAACAAGCUCGUGUGUGUGUUUUGUAAAAUCUGUAAAUAGCACAUGACCAAAUUGAACAUAUUGUAUAGAACUAUUUUUAUUUUAAUGUGGCACUAACCACCUUCAUUAUUACGGUAAAUGUUAAAGCAUGUUUUCAAAUUCAGUCCUGUAUCAACAACGUGUAAGUCAUUAACAGUCCUAACUGUGGUGUUUUUCUCCAAUGCCUUCCAACUUUCAUCGACUAAAGUGAGUAUUUCUCUUCCAUUUCACCAUGCCAGUGGUGACUUGCUGUAAAAUAGCAUAUGCUGUAUACAUGUUGAAGAAUAAAUAGUAAUUUCCUUCAUUCCCAUGCUGUGUUUUGUCAAAUUCUGCUGUGCUACAUUAUUAUCACCACUUUAGACUCUCGUUUUAUGGUGUGAAGCUGAAAUUACUGAUUCUGAAGGUAAAGCGCUUGCUUUUGUUUUAGUGCAUUUUAGAGCUUGUUUUAGAGCAGCCAGGAGCCUUAGUGUACCCCAAGAUCCUACAGCUUUGUCUUAAGUUCAAGAUAAAAUUGGAUAAAUCUGUAACUUAAGACAAUGACAGGUGUUUAUAUGAAUGUUUAGUGUGCAGAACACUAGUACUCAUGGUCAGGUGCUGGUUUACUCUGAGGUUUUGUCCUCCUCUGAGCACACCAGCCCUUCUCUAGGAAUAAUCCACACAGUGCUCAAUGCGCAGGUGCUUCUCUGCUCCUCUUUGCAAAAGCAGCUUAUUGUUUCCAAUGAAUGGAAACACUUUGAACAGUGGUCAUACAAAAAGACAAAAGAACAGUCUUGGCUUCACAGGAUAGUCUUUGAAAAUUGUACGAGGGUCAUAAUGCCUUUGUUGAGUAGCAGGUGCUGUGUUAUCUUGUGUUGGCUUGAAAUCUGCUUUAAUAACCAAAUUCAAACAGCUUUCUUACUCCUCAUAGCUUUUAACUACCAUUUUCCUCUCUGCUCUUUUAGAGCCAGCUGGAAUCCAGUGAGCACAGAUUAAUCCUUUAGGUUUCAAGCUUUCAGAUAUACAUGCCAGCCUCAGAAUACAGACCUGAUUUGAAAGUCCACUGCAUUGCGAAUACUCCCUGUUUAUGUAAACAUUGAUAUACUUUAACUGAUGCAGAAGUGACUCAGGUAGGGGGAGAUAGAAAUGAUGUAAGAGAUUUUUUGUAGAGCUGUAAGCGUUGAACUCGCUUGAAUGCCCUCUGUGUAAGGAGGAACCUGUCUUUGCCAACCUGGAUGUUUUGCAUACCACAAAACCGAUGGCCAGCACCAGUCAGAUGCUGUCUGAAUACUAACUGAGCAUUUUAAGGCUUGCUCCUGUUUCUUCAAACAGGAAACUUACAGGUCAUGUAAUUUAGAAUUCCUUGAGAUCAAAAUAUAUCCACGUCCAUUGUCAUUUGUUGGAAACAAUAGAAUUGUGGCCAGAUUUUUUUCAAGGGGGCAGGAAUAGCCACUGAAUCUUUGAGCAAUGGCUCUGUGUAAACCUCCAGAGCUGUGCUUUUCUAAGCCAUGUAUGUGGCAGUAGUUGAGAGCAAUUCUUGUACAGUUCUUUUCCUGUCUAUUACACAAAAUAAUUCUUGUAUACAACACCUUUCUCCCCAUCUCUAAGACACUGAAGGGGAAAAUGGAUAAAUUAAAAUUCAGUCUUUGACACGUUCUGUUGAAUCUUUGUCUGGCACACUCAGUUGUGUAUGCUGAAGACAAAUCUUGCUGAGGGCUCACUUCUAUCAGUUAUCUCAGGGUCUCACUUGCAGUAGGAGCCUUCUGUUUCUUGGAGUUUACCUUUGAAAGCUAGGCUGUUGGUGGGCGAAUGGAGUGGCAUUUAUCCCUCCUGACUACUUCUGCAACCUCAGGAGCCUGGUUUUGUAGGGUUUGCUUAAAGAGCCCAAGCGAUCUUAACCUACCUUGCUUUUCUUUAUUAUUUUUAGAUGUCUCCUGGUCUUGCUGUCUAGACCUCUUUGCAGAAAUGGAGCAAUAGGGUUCCCUAUGAUCAGUACUUCAUUAUUGUUGGUUCAGUGACAACUGCUGUUAUACUUCAGUACUUCUGUUCUCCAGGUGUUGCCACUAUAAGAUGCAGGCCAGCCUGGUGUGGUCUGGACUGGCCAAACAUUAAGACUUACCAUGUGCUUCUUCCCCUGUGGUCAAGCACCCAGCACUAAAAUUGCUCUGCUGUGGGCUUUCAGGUUUUAUUUCCCAUCUCAACUUUAAGAAGAUAACUUCAUUCCUUUUGUUUCCCUUUGCUCUCAUCUCACUGAGCUUCAUCUCUCUGGUCUUCUGAAUUCCUCACACCUUGCUUGUUUUCUAGCACGUGAGGGGUGUGUAAGAUUAAAUGUUGAUUGUGACUGAUGGUACCAUAUGUGAGAAACACCAGGAGGGAUCCCAGCUUAUGCUGGGAAACCAGUGGGUUUUGCUAUGACAGCAGUGCCUCCUGAAUUCAGUGUUCUGUGGGCUGGUCCAAAGCAGAGCAAAGAGGAUGGUCAGGCAGCUGCAGUCAUAUGCCAGCAACAUGGAGACAAGGGCUUUUAUCUUUGUCAUGCCCCAGGUGCUCUCAGCUUUCAAAUGGCAGUGAUUCAAAGUACUGGUUUUGAGCUGCACAACUCAAGCUGCUCCUUCUUGCCUGUAUCCAGGCACUAAAAUUAGUCCAUGGUUGGUUUCUCAAAGCAUUACCGCAAAUAAAUCAGUAUGAAAGAAGCUGCAGAAAAAUACAUCCCAGUCUCUCACAGUGCUGCAAAGCUGAUGGUUGUAGAGAGGCCGUUCUGGAGAAAGCUCAUGGUAAGAAAAUGAGUUCUUAAUCUGAUGAUAAAAUGCAGUACAGCAGUCCUCUGUCACUGUUCGAAGAACACAGCUGAUGCACAGACUAUAUGUGGUAAACUGCUUAAAGAUGGUUAAAUUUGCUGAGAUGAAGGGAGGUAAAAACUGAUACAAAAUUGUCUGUCUCUUGCACCUGUCUUGUUUACCUUCUUGCACUUCUAACCAUUAACUGUUUCCCUAAUCUCUGCUAAUUACAUCCUUAAUUGCAUUAAUAUUAUGCAUUCUCAAAUCCUAGCAGGAGAGCCUAAAUUUUAGUGUUAAGCAAUGUUUUGAAGAGCCACCCUUUAGUUCUAGGCAAUCAGAGUACACUUUUUCCAGACCCAAGGCUAACCUUUCGCUGUAUUUUAGGGGUAAAGUCCAGUAGUUAUACUGUACUCUACCCUUUGCCUACGCAUUAAUCUGUGUAGUUUAAUGACUUCUUCGGAGCUUUCCUACUGCUUCCCAGAAUAAGCUGCGUAACUUAAAAAAGGGACAUUGUUAGGUCACUUCAGGGCCAAACUUGCACUAUAAUGCCUCAAUUAAAAGAACACUCUUCAAGAUUAUUUAUUUUAAAGGGGAAAAAAAUAGCUCAAACUGGGUACUAUAAGAAGCUAAAAGACAGACGAGUCUCCCUUUACUUUUUACUAUUACCACUAGUCAGGCAAAGAAAUGCAAACGCUAUCCAAACAUACCUCAAUUCAUCUUCAUUUAUGGUCUUCUGGAGAAGGUGCUGACUUUGAUGAUAAAGGGAGCUCUGCUGAAUUCAGAAGAGCUGAGACAUAAUCCAGAGUGUCCUGGGCUUUAAGAACAAAGUAACCUGAGAGUGUCCCUUCAAUGACAGAGCAGUUGUUAUCAGACUUAACAUUCUUUCUUCUGUCACUGUUGAUCUUAGUCUUGCUUUUACAAUGAUACUUUGCAUUCAUCCUUUUAUUAACUGUUUCCUUUUCUUUCUUUCCUUUUCAGCAAUACUGGAGUAAUCGCUUCCUAAACAAUUUUGCAGAAAUGUAAGGUUGUUUUGUUGCGUGCAUGUGUUUUUAGCAACACAUCUACCAAAACUUCUGCAUGUAUCAUGUGUAAAGAUUCUUUGCUUUCCCUAAAAACAAAACUCAUUGUGUUCUCUGUGGAAGAAAUGUGUGGUACCAUUAGGACUUCAGAUGUACAAAUGUGCAAUAUAGUUACAGAAUUGGAAACUCUCUCCAGAGAAGUUUGGGUUCUGUGCAGCAUGGAGAAGAGUUUGUUUAUCUUUGAACAAGAAUCGCCGAGCUGUCAGCCAAUUUUCCAUAUUCCUGUAUGUAAAAUGUCAGUUUAUAAAAUGUACAAUAUCAAAACUGCAUGCCUUCGGUUGUAGACAAAUCUCUGUAUUGUAUCAUCCAAACAUACUACUCUAUAACAGCUUAUGUACAAUGCUAUCCUAUUUAUAAAACUCAUUGAAAAGAUUACAGAUGAAUGUUAAACUGUAAGCCUCCAAUUCAUACCUUUGGAUUUUUUUAUCAUGUGUGCAAAUCAACCUGUUUUGCACUGUAAUGUAACUUAUUUAAAUUUAAGGCAGUAAGACAGAUGUUGGUGCAAUACAAAAUAUUGUGAUGCAUUUAUUUAGAAAGCAGCAAAUGAUUUAGCCAGUUACCACAACUGCAUGUAUGACCUUUAGAAGUUGUAAAUAAGAUCAGUUGUCUAUUUACAUGCUGACAGUAAGAAGCAUCACACCUAGUUUCAUUUGUAUCAGGUAAAUAAAUUUAUUCUACAAUACA